UGCCCUAUUUACUUACGGUUGAGGAAUCGCUGCGCUUCAUUGUCGUCCAACCCGAACAUCGUUUCGUACGUAUUCACAGCCGACUGCGGCCUGACGGAUGCGAUGACAUCUUGGAAUAUCAAAAUAGCGGACAGCAUGGCCUGGCAUUCUACUUCCACAUUGCCCGUUGGUUAUGCAUCGCUACCCAUUCCUCGUCGCUGCCAUGGCUGAGGGUGCAUCGCGGCCGGUAGGCCGCAGAAGAUAUGCGCCUAAGACUCGCAGCGGUUGUCUGACGUGCAAGAUCCGUCGCAUCAAAUGCGAUGAAGCAAAGCCCUCCUGCAAGCGCUGUACGAGUACAGGCCGCAAAUGCGAUGGCUACGGAGAGGUCAAGACGGUCUCUCUAGUCGAGUCACCUCCUGCUACCAUUAAUGCUGCUUUGGUGUUGGAUGUCUCCUCUGACCCUCUGGAGAGAAGAACCUUUGACUUCUUCCGCAGCAAGACCGUUGCAGGGAUAUCUGGAUAUUUUCACGAUGCCGUCUGGGAGCGUACAGUCCUCCAAGUAUCUCACAGCGAGCCCACCAUCCGAUUUGCCGUCAAUGCUCUUGGCGCACUACACGAAGAGAUCUUGUUGCGCAGAGAAGGGCGGGUGCAAGGCUUGUCCAUCGGCGCCGAGUGCAGAACAAGCUUCCCCAUGAAGCAGUAUACAAAGGCCAUCCAGGGUUUGCAGCGGCUCCUCGAGUCAGACCAAGUCCCGCUAGACCUCGUCCUUCUCUGCUCAAUGGUCUUUAUGCAUUUCGAGGCCUUGCAUCAGUCGUUCUUGCCCGCGCUCGUUCAUCUGGAAAACGCAAUCCGUUUGCUCAAGGCAAGGCAAGCAUCUUGCGGCAAGAAGGUUGAUGAAGGCAUCGUCCAGUCGAUCAUGCGUAUGGACGUACAGGGCUCCGUUUAUCUCGGCAUGCGCAUCCCUGGUCUGCCAUACUAUCAAAUGGAGUCGCCCCUUCAGUCCACAACCAUACGCGAUCUGAGCCAUGCUCGAGAUAUCGUGAAUACAUCAACGUCCCGUCUGCUGCACUUCGUCCGAACGGAGGCCGACAAGUACAAGUUCCGCGAGCCUGGCAACGUGCCGCUCGAGGUCUACGCGCGAGCCCAAGAAUUUCAGCAGUCUACUGCACGACUUGAUCAGAUGCUCUAUGACUUUAUGCAAGACAUGAGUCAUCGUCGCACAAUACGUGAGCAGCGCGGUCUAGAUAUGCUCCGAAGCAGAGCAAAGAUCAACAGGGUGCUCGCCGGGACAUGCCUGCACGCCGAAGCUUCAGCACUGGAUGGCUUUCAGAGCCACUUUGAAGAAAUUCUCACCCUAUGCAACUAUCGGUGUUGCAGCGAGGAUCUAGAAGGGUUUCUCUUUUCUCCCUCAUUGGAUGAUGGGCUGGUCUGGCCGCUCUUGUUCGUUGCAUCUGCUUGUCGCGACAGCAGGAUCCGACACCAAGCCCACGCACGUCUGAAGAGCUUACCAGCCAAAGAUGGCGUAUGGCACGUUGAAAUUCUGGCGAGACUCACCGAGGCCGAAAUACGCUACGAAGAGGCCUUGUUCGAAGGAGACCAUCCGACUUGUAAGGAUAUCCCGGAAUGGCGAAGGGUCCACGCCUCUGCGCUCGAUCAGUGGGACGUUUCUUCCGGCAAGACAACAGUGCGAGUGGCCCUGCGAACCCGUCCGAACGGAAUGGACGGCGAAUGGGAGGACGUUUGGGAGACGCUGCACUUUUCGACAACGGUCAGCGAAUGUGACGUACAAGACUUUUAUAGUAACAGUGUUCCCGUGGUGUCCAUGGCAUACGCGGAUCUCAACCCAUUGGAUCUGCAAUCGAGCGUCAAGUGGGCGGCGCGUACAGGCCCUUUCACGCCUAAUCUCUGCCUCCCCAACAGAAGCAAGCUAUUCCCCUGAACAUGCAUCGCUUCAGUUGAGUGGGUGACCGAUUCAGGCCGGCUUGUCUGCAACAUCCCGUGAGGGCGAAGACGGGCGGCACGGUUUGCUGUCCAUGUAUGAUGACUACGAUUGUCGACUGAAGCCGAGUCGGCAGAG